AUAAUCUGUCUUGCGUUGCUUUCGAUAAAGUUGCUCGACGAUACGACUACACGGAGGCAUGGAGGAGAAGCAGGAGGCAAUUGAAUUGAACCGGCGGCUUCGCUCGUUAGAGAUUGUCCCACAAUUGGGGCAAAGUGCAAUCUCGUACAUAAAACGAAAUAAAUGUUUAAAGUACAAAUACAAAACAAAAUAAAGAGUUAGCCAGCAAUGGAAAUUAAUUUAUCGACAAAUGUUUAUUAGAGAACAACUAACCGGGCAGUACGAUAUCAGGAAGGUUGCCCCCCCUCCUGUCCCUGUUUCCAUCGUUGUAACCAAUAAAAAACGGCGUAAUCUUAUCGCAUUUAAACAAAAUUUCUGCGUUGUAGGUGCACAAGUUUUGUUGUUUGAUGUUCACAGUAGUUGGAAGGUAGCAAUUGACCCAUUACCCACAGGAUACACAAAAUCAUGCGACAUAGGACAACAUUAACAACAGAAAAAUCGUCAUCAUAUGCCAUAUCCGUAGUAGAUAUCGAACAGGAAAUAAUGUCCAGUCCGCUGCAACAUGGCCAAGACGAUGAGAACUAUGCAGUUUCUCUAGAGGAUGUGCGUCUCUUUGCUCAAUUGGAUGAUUUAAAUGGCGACUGUGAUGAUUUGGAAUUGUUAACACCUUGCAAUAAUUUCGAUUUAAUCGAUCUAGUCAAUGGGGCUUUGCAGCAAACGCCAACAAACAUUGAGACACUGAAAUCAACCGAAAUCAAGGUGAAAAGCAAACGUACGUCAUCAUCAUCAACAACAAAAGCACAAACGCACAUCUGUCCCAUUUGUGGGCGUGGCUUUAGUGAGGCCUACAAUUUGCGUAUUCAUAAAAUGACCCAUACAAAUGAAAAGCCACAUAUAUGCGAUGCUUGUGGCAAGGGUUUUCGUCAAUUGAACAAAUUGCGUAUACAUUAUGUUACGCAUACGACCGAUCGUCCGCAUAAAUGUGAUAUCUGUGACAAGGGUUUUCGCUAUGCAAAUUAUCUGACAGUACAUCGACGACUUCAUACAGGAGAGAAGCCCUAUCGAUGUCAAAAUGAAAACUGUCAAAUGUUCUUUCAUUCCAUACACAAGCGACGUGUUCACAUGAAAACGGAGCAUUCAUCUCAAAACCAGGAGCAGGAGCAGGAACAGACAAAGGAACGCGACCAGGAUCAGAAAACGAUUGACUCCAAUUUAAGCUAUACCUGCCCCAUAUGCCAACGAGUCUUGUCGGAUCAAUGCUAUCUGAAUGUUCAUUUAAAGCGUCAUUACAAUCAACGUGACUUCCAGUGUCCACAGCCAGAAUGUAGCAAACGUUUCUUUAGCUCAUCCGAAUUGAAGCAUCAUCAGAUUUCUCAUACACAACUUCGACCCUUUGGCUGUACGAAGUGCCAGGCGCGAUUUCUGCGAAAAUCCAAUUACAAGCAACAUAUGAAAAUACAUGAGCGGCGGCAUUAAGUUACACACACACAUACAUAGAUUUGUUUUUUUGUUUAAAAUAU